AACCCUUAUGGAGAGGAAAUUGACGAUGAGGAAACACAGAACUCUGAAUUGCUUGGAAGUUCAGACUCACAAUCCUUGGAUGAUGGAAAGCCUGAAAAAGUAUCCCCAACUAACAGUGUCAUAUCUACAAUGGCUGCUGAUAGCACUGAAGAUGAUACAAUGGGAGACUACACUUGCGAAAUGUGUAGUGCCACAUUUCACAGCUUAAACCAGUUUAUGAACCACAGAAACUUUGAAUGUCUAGGAGAACACUCCGAUGAUUUAGUUUGUGAUAUGGACCUGAGUGAGCCCAGUGGCUCUGCUACACCAUCAUCAUCUUGUUCAUUAGAUCAUGGUGGUCAGAGUCCAAGUGGCAUGAGUGAAUCUCCAGCUUCUCCAGGAGUUGAAAAUAUCUCUCCAGACCAGCUCCCUUUCAGCAUUGGAAUUUCUGAAACAAAUCCUUAUGGUUGUCCACAUUGUGACAAAGCAUUUCCUCGUCAUAGUUACCUGAAGCUACAUGAACAAGAGCAUGGAGAACUGAUGCCAUUCCGCUGCAGCUACUGCAGUCGCCUAUUCCGACACAAACGCAGUCGUGACCGUCAUGUCAAACUGCACACAGGGGACAAGAAGUAUAAAUGUUCCCAGUGUGAUGCUGCAUUUGCAAGGAGUGAUCAUUUGAAAAGUCAUUUGCGUACACAUGACACAGGAAAACCUUUCAAAUGCACUAUUUGCAACCGUGGAUAUACAACAGCAGCUGCUCUUUCUUCUCAUAUGUAUUCACAUCGGAAACCAAACAGCUCUGGUCAGAUGGAAUAUAAAUGUUACCAAUGUGAAGAGAUUUUUUAUCAGCCAAAAGACUUACAGAACCAUUACAAUGAUUGUCAUGCUCCUGCUCCCCUUCGUGAAAAAACUCUACAAUGUACUCAGUGCUCUGAAAUGUUUGUUAGCCAAGAACUUCUUGAUCUUCAUGUUGAACAAGAGCAUGUUAAAGAACAAAAGCGUAAGUUUUCAACUCCAGACAAUAUUUCUGAUAUUGACAUUUUCCACAAAAAGUUGAAAACUCAUAAUGAUAUCUCUAUAAAUAAGCAAAUGCUAUCUAACACUAGUGAUUUAACUGUAAAAGAAAAUGGACUAGAUCUUAUGCCAGAAAUAAUGGAUUCUUCAUCUGUCUCAGACCCAGCCAACCGGGAAAAUGCCCUUGUUUGCCCCUACUGUUUACAAGACAAUUUUGAAUCUUUAGAACUGCUUGAAAUUCACAUGCAAUGUGUGCAUUCUGUAAAAGCAACUGAAGUUUAUACAUGCAAUUACUGCAAUGCACCAUAUCCUAACUUAUAUGCCCUCCAUGAUCAUAUGAAAGUUGUUCACCAAAAUUUAACCUGUAUGGAUAUCAAAUAUCCCUGUAGUUUAUGUUCUAGACAUUUUACAAGCAUUGAUGCAUUAGCAGAGCAUAAAAAACAUACGCAUAGCCAAGCAAGUUCCUCAAACCAUUCUCUCUACUGUGCAGAAUGUGCAUUACUUUUUCAAAACCCUAUGGAAUUCCAAGAGCACAUUCAGCGCUCUCACAACUGUUUGCAAGAUACACCUCGUCCUAAACCUCCAAAAUCAAAGAAAGUAAGUAAUGAUACAAAGAAAGACAUAAAACGCAUGAACUCCCAUAGUAUUUUUAAUAACACAAAAAACUCAAGCCCAGCACCUAAUGAGAGAAUGGUUGAAGAGAAAAUGGUAUGUGACCAAUGUAAUGCUACAUUCCUUGAUAUUAAAAAUUUUCAAACCCAUCUGAAAAUUCAUUUGGACUCAGUGCUCACUCAAUACAUAUGUCCCCAAUGCCAAAAGCAGUUUACUACUGAAGACCAAUUAGAGAGUCAUUUGUCAUUACACUACCUCUGUCUUAGCACUGAGUAUGGCUGCACUAGUUGCAUGAAAACUUUCUCCAAACCGGAUGAACUUCAGAAACACUUGAUGGAUAUUCAUGCGCAUCAUCUUUAUCGUUGUUCACUUUGUAAGGAAAUUUUUGAUUCAAAGGUCAAUAUUCAAGUCCACUUUGCAAUAAAACAUAGUAAUGAGUGCAAAAUUUAUAAAUGUACAAAAUGCAACUCAGUCUUUAUAUCAGAGGUUGAUUGGCAACUGCAUGUCAGAUCUGCACAUCUCCAAAUGCCAAAGCCACAUAAAUGUCUCUUUUGUAAAGAAGGUUUUACCACCGAAGUUGAAUUACAAUGCCAUUUAACCAUUCAUGGCAAGCCAUUUAAAUGCCCAAUGUGUAGUGAAGCAUUCCAUGUGGAAUAUUUGUUAGAUAAACAUCUCCAAAAUGAGCAUGACCCUGACAAAAAUUCUAAACGAUUGGGUAACAGCCAAUCUGAUAUCAAAGUGGAGAAGGACAUUGGAAGUAGCUCUUUAUUAAACAGUUGUGGAACUAUAGAUGUAUCAAAUUCAGUAACAUCAGGAAGUGGAAUUUGGAAAAGCACUGAUCCACUUCAUACAUGCAACAUCUGUGAUAUGAAGUUCAGCAAUUUAUCCUCUCUUCAGCUGCACAAGAAGCAAGACCACCGUGUUGCACUGGCUAAUAACCACACCUCACAAGUGAUGACUACUGUAGAGAGCAGUGUGAUUACAAGUAAAGUCAUAGGUUCAAGCAAUGACAAGGUAGCAUUAUCAUGCACAUACUGUAGUCAGUCUUUCAAAUCUAGAACUGAACUUGAACGUCAUAUGAAAAUUCAUCUUAAUUCCAGCAGCCAGAAAUGCAACAUUUGUGAUGAAGUAUUCCCAUCACCAAAUACUCUAGCAGAGCACAAACUGCAGCAUUGCAAAAUUCCUCAGGGAAAUAUUUGUGUUGGUUGCAAAAUUCCCUUAAAAUCUGAAGAUCAGUUUUAUAUUCAUUCCCAAGAACAUGGCUUUCAGGGAGCUAUAAUGCAAUGCGUUAUCUGUAGACAAACUCUGGCAUCUAUGAUGGAACUUCAAAUGCACGGAAAGCAUCAUUUCCAAACUAAACCCAACUUCUUCACCUGCUGUGUAUGUUUGCGAGGAUUUGAUUCUAAAGAAAAUCUUAUAUCAAAAUUGAAUAGUUCUGGUCGAACAUAUUUUGUUUGUAAACCUUGCUAUCAUGGUGAAACAUCUGACUUUCAUUGCAAUGAAUGUGGUGCCAGAUUCCCAACCAAUGAACAACUAGAAAGUCAUGUAACAAAGCAUCGGCGGACAUACCAGUGCAUCAAAUGCCAGCAAUCUUUCAGUACAGAAUAUGAAAUUCAAUUGCACGUUGCCACCCAUGUUUUGCAAGAAGGAAAUAUCCAUGAGUGCAAACUCUGUUCACAAGUUUUUGAUUCUCCAGCCAAAUUACAAUGCCACUUGAUUGAACACACCUAUGGCAAUUCUGAGUACCGCUGUAGUGUCUGUUGUAAAGUAUUUAGUAAUGCUACAGACAUACAAGCACAUGCUUUUGAGCAUGGCAUUCAUGCUCGCAAGUUUGGAUGUAUCCACUGUAAUCAACGGUUUUUCUUCAGUGCUGAAUUAGAUAACCACAUGAUAAACCAUGUGAAACCAGAAUCAGUAUCAGAGCUGCAGUGCAAAGACUGUCCACAGACUUUCUCAAAUAUUGUCAGCUUCAAUGCACACCGACGCAUACAUCAACAGCAGAUGGACAAUAGCACAUCCACCCCUAUUAAAUGUACAUUUUGUCAUGAAGUAUUCAAUGAUACCAGUGAACUACAGAAACAUUUCUUCACGUGUCACACUGAGCAAGACAUAGAACACUCAAUUAACAAGAGAAAUUAUCAGUGUUCCCAAUGUAAUAAAGAAUGUUCAUCUUUAGCCAACUUGCAGAACCACAUGAAGAUUCAUAAAAUAGAAAAAGAAAAUCAAAAGUCUCAAGUUCCAAAGACUCAGAUAGUUGAUGUAAAGCCAGUUUUGUGUCCUGUAUGUGGGCAAAUAUUUUCAAAGAGAAGUUUAAUGAAGGAACAUAUGAACACUGUCCACCUCGUGCACCAGGAAAGCAAAGCAAGUACACAAGGUAACACAGCAUCAACAUCCACAACUGGUACAGAGUAUGGUGAUGUGAAUGGUGAUAGUCAGAGUUGUGCAAGUGAUGAAGCAAAUGAAAUGAACCACUCUUCUCCCCAACAGACUGCCAAUUCUACAUCUCCAGUGUCUGUUAGUUUGGUCAAUAUGAAAAUGGAAAUUUGUGUCCCUGAAAACCAAUUACAUCCUUCAAGUGAAGAUGACGAAAUAUUUAAUGAUGUCAGUCAUAAUUCACAGAUGAUUACUGACUGCAAGAUGGACAGCUCUGAAAACUGAAAAUUGUAUAUUUUCAUGUCAGUGACAUUACAGCUCUUGUAGCAUAUUCAUCUUCAUUAUCUAUAUUGCCAACAUCAUCUUCAUUACAUUGUUAUCAUUCUGAACAUGAGCAACAAUUACAACAAAAAAAUAUUCAUUAGAAAACAAUGACUCAAGUAACAAUUUAUUGAAAUAACUGCUUUUUGUGAGAAACUGAAACCAAUUUUGAAGUUAAUAGUCAUAUAUUAAGCAAUUACCAAUAUAAAAAAAAAAUAUUGAUCUAGUCUUAAUAAAAGAUGGAAUGAUCACAGCUGGAAUACUUUUGAUCAGUCAAGGCUGACCUGGGGCUAAAAAAUAACAACGACAACAUUGGCCCCUGAAAACAAGCAUAGAUUCUCUCCUGUUUUUCUUCUUCCUUUUGCAUCAUAAAACUGUUACCAUAUUAUUCAACAAUGAUUUCCUAAUGUGAAAUAACUACUUAUUUUUUAUCUGUGAUACUGUGAAGUCCAAAAAAAAAAUUAUUUGUCAAGUCUUUUUUUUUUUCAGCUGCUACCUGAAUAUUUUAUUUGCAAUUUAUAAUCCUUUGUUGAUUGAAAAAACAUCUUUCCUGGAAAUCUUUUAUAUUUUCAUCCCUUUAAUCUGCUUGUAAAUAUAACUUAAAGCUUGAUUUUUGAAAAUAACUUGGUUUACUCUCAUAUUAUUGAGACAUAAAUGAGGUGGUUACAAACUCUUGUAAAUUAGAACAAAAUCACAAAGUUCUAAUCCUUUCCACCAAAAUGAAACUGGGUUAAAUAAACAUUGACUAAAGUUUUACUGUCAAAUAUUAAUUGGAACAAUACUGUUAAUCUGAGAAACCUUCACUAAACCUUUCUAUCACACACACACACACACACACUCUCUCUCUCUCUCUUUCUCUCUAUCUAUCCAUCUCACAUAUACACACUUACAGGGAUGUGAUGUAUAUUCAUCAUAGUGUGAAUAAGAAGCAAAUUAUGUUUCUCUGCACAUGCACAUACACACACUAGAAUUUUCAAUGUGUAAACAAUCAUACUUUGUUGGUGUUUUCUUGGACCUGUUGUAAAAGUUAAACUAUGAUUACUUGAGCAAUGUACAUUCCAUGUCUUUGACAACCUUGCCAAUAUUUCUAUUCUUUGCCCUAUUAAUGUUAAUCAUUUAAAAUCAAAUAUUGUCAUCUACAAUGGAAAAGGAUUCUGGCCCAGUUAUUGUGUCAACAGAUAAGAAAGCCUGUAUUUGAUAAGAUUACAAAGGGAAUGUUUUUAGAUCAUUCUUUGUUCAUACCAGCAUUCUCAGACAGAAGUAGCCUGUUAGGAAAAUGGCUUUGUACUUAACAACAGUUAGGAAAUAUUUUGUAAAAUAUUCCAAGAAAAUUAUAAUUGUCACACAUCUUCAAAACAAGUAUUUAUUAAGGAAACAAAAUUGAAAUUGGUUAACAUGAUUCCACAUAUCAUUUUCUUUAGGAUUUUCUAAAUCAUGUAUAUUUGGGAAGAAAGGAAUUAAUAUGAACAAAAAAUUGUUUAUGAAAGAUUAAAGUCUAGAUCCUAGAGAAAACCAGUUGAUGUAUUAUUUGAUAUAAAACAAAAACACUUAUUGUUUGCUUCAAAAUCAAAUAGUUUCCUAUCUAUAUGUUUAUUUAUGACUUGAGUUUAAUCAACCUUGAAACAAUUUUGUGUUAUUCUAUGAGAAAAUAAUGUUUAGCAAUCAUUCAUUUUCUAAAACGUCUUUUUCUUAAUAAUAAAUGAAACUAGUUUCUUUUAUUGUUUUUGAUUUGUGAGAAAUGGUCUGUACCUGGCUUACUUUCUGAGUGUCAUUGUGGAAUUCUGUGUGUGCUCUUUUAGAAAUAGUUAAAUGUUUUCAAAUCUUUUAGAUAAUAAUUAUUGUGUAGAUUAUCCAUCACGUUGAUAUUUCAAAUGUGAACAAAAUUAUUCCCUUUGAAGUUUAUUUUUAAAGUGAUUUUUUUUUAAUGUUAAAGCUUGUCACAAAAUAUAUUUUAGAAAUAUGUUUACAAGCUAAAAAAAAAUUUUUAAAGAAGUCGCCCAACCCCACCCAAGUCUGACAACUUUCAUAGUCCAGAUUUUUUUUUCAAACACCAAAUUUUGUCCCUCAAGCUGAGGAUAUCUUUUUAAUGUCAGUGUGCUGCAAGUGGCUGCUAUUCAAACCUGUGCUCUUUGAAACCUGCUGGCAAUAUGCUGCCUAAGCCAUAUUUUAUUUAACCAGUUCUUUUAGCAUCUACAUCAUCUAUCUUACACCUCACUUCAAACCUUCGACUCUACUUUUUAUUUUUAUUAUAAUUGUAAAUACAUCUAGUUAUUAGAUGUAUGGGUGUAUAUGUGUAUAUAAUUCACCAUCUUAAAUGCUAGUAUGUCUAUGUCCACAUCUAUAUUUAGAUGUACAUGUGUAUGUUUAUUCAUCUGUUGGUUUUAUCCCACCAACUAACCACUGUCCAAACAGACCAGACAUAUCUAAAUGGUUUAAAUUCCUUGACUGGACAUGUCCACAAGGGGCAAAUAUAUCUGCCCUGGCCUUGUUCUUCACAAAAGUCAAAGUCUACUCUGUAGUUUCUGUUGCUGUUAUUACAGUACUAUGAUAUGACACAAUGCCUGUACAGAAUGAUCUAGGUCUAUAAUUUGUCUGCUGAUUGAAUGAAAGUGUUCUGGUGUUUACUCAAACAUCAAAUGUAUUCAAAUAAAAUGAUGAAAUAAAU